UGAGUGUGCGUGGGGCUGACGGGAAAAUCUGAAUGGAGCUCGCGGGCCGGUUGCUACGGGGGCCGGGGCGGGGCGAGCGCGCUGCGCGCGGCCGGUGCUGCGGUCUGUGGGGCGGGCUCGGUGGGGCUCCCGCGCCAUGGCGCGCGGCGCCGCGUCUCACCCGGUCCGGGCGCCGCUGCUCGUGGCGCUCUGCGCUGUUCUCUGGAUGCUGCCGCCUGCCCUGGGCGCCGGCGAGCGGCGGCGCCUCGCGUGUUCCACCUGUCGGGGCAUCGUGGACAGGUUCAACCAGGGAUUAGCAGAUACAGCUAAAAAGAACUUUGGUGGUGGAAACACUGCUUGGGAAGAAAAGACACUGUCAAAAUAUGAGUCCAGUGAAAUUCGUCUUGUAGAGAUCAUAGAGAAUUUGUGUGACAGUAGUAACUUUGAAUGUAACAACAUGGUAGAAGAGCAUGAAGAACAUAUAGAGAGAUGGUGGUUCAAACUAAAGAAGAAAUAUCCUGAUUUGUUUAAGUGGUUUUGCAUAGAAACAAUAGAAGUUUGCUGUCCUGCUGGAACUUACGGACCAGAUUGCCUUGCUUGUCGUGGUGGGUCGGAAAGACCUUGCCAUGGAAAUGGCCGCUGUGAUGGUGACGGUACCCGAGGUGGAGAUGGCUCGUGUAGCUGUAACAAGGAGUACACAGGAGAUUUCUGUUUGGACUGUUCUAAUGGUUACUUUAGUACCUUGAGAAAUGAGACACAUUCUGUUUGUACAGCCUGCCAUGCUGCCUGUAAAACUUGUACUGGUUCAAGUAACAAGGACUGCCAAGACUGUAAAGAGGGCUGGAUUAAAAAUGAAGAAGCAGCUUGUGUGGAUUUAGAUGAGUGUGCUGGCUCUCCUUGCAAAGAUCACCAGUAUUGUCUGAACACAGAUGGAUCUUUCUCAUGCAAAGCAUGUGAUGCCAGCUGUGUAGGUUGCACAGGGGAAGGUUCUGACAAGUGUAAGACCUGCGCAUCUGGAUACAUGAAGGAAGAUGAAAAGUGUACAGAUAUAGAUGAAUGUAACCUUCCUGAAAAGGUCUGUGUGAAAGAGAAUCAAGACUGUGUUAAUACUUCAGGUAGUUACAAGUGUGUAUGUUCAGAGGGGUUUGAAGAUAAGGAUGGAACAUGUGUUCAAACUGUAAAAACAGGAGAGGAAGUAGAGAGUGAAACAAGUGGGCCUUCACCUACUGGACAUGAUGACUUAUGACAUGUGUUCAGAACCAAAAGACAUUCCUAUCUAAAGUUUUAAAUUAUUGGACUAAGCCUCUGCUAGCUGACAUAAUGUGGAAAUGGUAUUAAAUAUGCAGGUUACCAUUAAGAUUUUUUUAAAUGGUGAUAAACAGCUCUUUAAGCUGCAUUUCUUUAUUUCUAAAUGCCACUUUUUAUAUCAUUCUUUAAGAACAACAUUCUAGAUGGGUAAGUAUAAAAUUUGAAUUAACAUAAUGUACCCAGCAAUUGUAAACAAUUUCCAGGUUUCUCAUUCUAGUGCCUACUGAAAACUAUCAUAAUUUGGAAGGACUUGGUUGCACUUCAUAAUUCAAGAAAAAUUUAGGCUGAAGUUUGGUGUUUCUUGACAUGAGAAAUAUUUCUGUAACUGAAAUACAGCUCUUAGGAAUUGUUAAAGGAAGUCUAUUUGGGGGGGAAAUGCUGUUCCCUUAAACAAAAUAGAAUGCCUAAUACUGCAUUCAAUAAAAGUUUAUUUUGUUGGAA